AUGCCGUUUCAAUUUGCAUUCGUCCUGCUCAUUCUGAUAUUUUAUUUCACUGGCGGUGUAACUUCUCUGAACUGUUGGUACUGCCACGGUGAAGCUGUGGCUGAGGAUAGUUGGAUGAUGCCUGCCAGCUCUUGCUGUAAACCGGAUAUUAUUGCCUGUAAUCGUAGCUAUUGCUAUAUUGCCAAAGUGGAAGGCACAACGACAUUCUGGAUUUCGGGAUGCACCGAUGACGAUUUCAAUGGAUGUGAUCAUCACCAUAUCCCGUACAACUCAACACUUACACGAUGCCAGUGUGAUAGCGAUCUGUGUAGUCCAAUCGAAAGGAUACCACACUGUGCCAAAGAAUUGGUACAUAACAAAUCGAAGAUCAUACUUGCGAAGAAUGCAGGCCAGAGACCCAAUAAUACGCCAGCAAACUUGUCAACGAGGUGCAACACUUCAUUAUAUUCGGCAUGGCUACUUAUAACUGCGUCAGGUGAGUUACCUUCUUUUUUUUUUUUUUUUUUCUUAUAA